GACAGGCUAGGGUUUUAGCUUUCUUCCCUUCCGCUGCAACGCCGCUCUUCCCCGUUCCUCAAACUGCAAUUUCGGGUUAGGGUUUAGCUUUAGGUUCUUCGGGUAGCGCGAGGGUACAUUUCGCCAAUUUUAGGCGAAAUCGGCGGCGGUCGGAGUGACCCGGGGCUCCCGCUUCCGCUCAGUUCGGGGACGAAGGCCUCUGAUGUUCGAGCCCGCUUACGUCCCCGUCGCUUCGCCGCACUGAAGAAAACCGCGAUGGCCGGCGCCGCCGUCAAGCGGGCCCGUGCGGGCGGCGGUUCGAUCAGCGACCGGCUUAGCGCCCUGCCGGACGAGCUCCUCCUCCGCGUCCUCUCCUUCCUCCCGGCGCAGCAGGUCGUGCGUACCACCGUGUUGUCCAAGAGGUGGAGGGAUCUAUGGCGUUCCGUGCCUGACAUCAACCUCAGUCUCUCGGAUUUCGGAAGAAACUCCAGAGAGGACUGGACGGCGGUUUGGGAAAGGAUGGAGGAUUUCGUCAACAACCUGCUGAUGUUACACAGAGCUCCAUGCCUGGAUGCGUUCCGGUUGGUCAUGAUCGUGAAUGGUCACGAUCCUCGUCGACACAUCGAUAGAUGGGUCUGUCGUGCCAUUAAGGACAACCCCUUAAUGCUCGAGAUCUCUACCGGUUCCUUUUCUCCAUAUCAGUUACCGUAUCUGUCCUCUAGCCCUUGUCGUCGCGCCUCAGAAGUUUGCAUCUUUUUGGCGUGUCUUUGGAUCAUUCCUUUGUGGAACACCUCCAUUCUUGGUGGCCAGACCUAUAUGCUUCAUUGUCUGCGGAAUUCUCCUAAUUUGGAAAAGCUCAAGAUAGCAGGUUGCAAGCUCUCAGAUGAUUCCAUGGGAGGGAAAGGAAAGGCCAAGUCGAAGAAGACAUAUUCUAGAAACCUGGCAUGCUUCCAGUGUCUGAAGCUAGAGUAUGCUGAAAUCUCCGGCUGCGAAAAAGAUGCCAGUGUUCCCGAACUGUCCCGCAACCGGCCCCUUCGGUUCACCGCGCUGAACUCCGCGAUGGAGGCCGCUCCCAAGCGGGUCCGCAGGGGCGGCGGCGGUUCGGCUCCCGACCGGCUGAGCGCCCUGUCGGACGAUCUCCUCCGACGCGUCCUCUCUUUCCUCCCGUCCCGGUUUGCCGUGCAGACCUGCGUGCUGUCCAAGCGAUGGAUAGAUUUGUGGCGUUCGGUGCCCGCCGUCCAACUCGACAUCAAUGAUUUCGUAGGCUUUGACGCGGGCAUCAACGGGUGGAGAAAGAUGAAGGAUAUCGCCAACGAGUUUCUGAUGCUCCACAGUACGGAGCGCUUGGACGUGUUCCGGCUAGUUGUUGCUAGAAGUUGCAGAACGCCUGAAGAUUUCCAGAGAUGGGCUCGCUGUGGCAUCAAUCGCCAACCUCUGGUGCUUCAUAUUAUCUGUAUCCUUCAAAUGUAUUGGAAGGACCUCCGGAUCUCUCGUCUUAGCUCUGCCUUCUGUCGCCUCAAAAGGAUGGACCUUUCUUUUCUGUCUUUGGACCAUUCUUUUGGCGACACGCUCAAUUCUGGGUGUCCAGUUCUUGAAGAUUUGGUUCUGUACUUUUGCCGCCAUGAAUUUGAUGUUAUUCAAUCCGACACACUGAAGAACUUGUCAGUAGAUUGUUUUAGUCAAGUUGGUGAUCUGUUGGUCAUCAGGGCACCUUGUCUUGCUUCCCUGUGCUUGGGCAGCUACAACUACAAAAAUUGUUUUUCACUAGAGGCAGGAAAUUCCCUUGUGAGGGCAGCAGUUUCCGUUUCCGUACAUAAUGGUGAAACAUCACAAAGAGGCCAGACAAUUCUUCUGGGCAGCCUAUUCAAUGUGUCGUGUUUGGAGUUGGGUGGUUUUAGCGCAAUGGCCAUACUGGAUAAGGAAUUAGAUAAGUUCCCAACAUUUGACAACUUGAGAACCUUGUCUCUCAAGUCGUGUUUUGUUAGCGAACAAGAUGUAGACCAAUUCAAGGCUAUCGGGAGAUUUUUGCAAAAGUCUCCUAAUCUUGAGAAGCUUGCUUUGCAUUAUUUUUGGUACAUUGAAGAGGAAAGGCAAACGAGCGACGAAUCCAUGCUUAGAAAGGUGAAGCCAGUUGUAGGACCAAAUGAAUUUCAUAUGCUUGGAAACCUGAGGACCUUAUUUCUGGAUGAAUGUGAUUUGCAAGACAAUUUCCGGAUAUUACGCCAUUUUCUGCAGAGGUGUCCUAAUUUGGAAAAGCUCACUAUACGGCUUUGUAUGCUCCCGGAGGCUUCCACAGGAGGGAAAGGAGUCAAGCUGAAGACGACAGGAAAAGGUGCCAAAUCAAAGAAAACACAUUCUGGGUUCCGGAACUUGGUGCGCAUCCAAUGUUGCAAACUUAAAUCUACUGAGAUCAUAUACAAAAAGGGUGUCAAAAUCCAGGAAUUGGUCAGUCUUUUGCUGGACAUCUCGGAGUGCGCACCAAUGAAUACUACAACUCUUACCAAGUAUGAAGAAGCGAUGGACAUGUACCUAUCAGACUGACACUGUGUGGUGCUUUCUGGUUAGUGACUAAAAUGUUCUAGCCUUAAGACUAUGUUCAGACGUUUUGUCCGCUGGUGUACCAAUCAAUGACCGACUCUAGAAUCUAGAUAGCUUAAGGGCGUCCAUCUGUGUUGUUGGUGUCUUGUUGAAUGGUUCUGGAAGGGAGUGGUGUGCUGAAAUGCGACUAUGUGAGUAUCUGUGUGUGCUGAGAAGUGAGUAAUGAUAAGGAUGGGGACGGUGCUCUAAAUAGGUACUUGUGGUUCUUCUCUAGUCUAAUUUAAUGAACUAAAUAGAUAAUUCUUUCU